AUAAAUCAUUUCAUAGUAUGCGUGAUCAUCCAAUGCAUGGUGUACCAAUGCUUGGUGGUAUGUGGGGUUUUCGACCAUCACUUAAUCGAACUAUAUCUCGUGUAAUACAUAAUGAAAUUCACAAUCGAGAAUUAAUUAAACGUUAUGGUGAUAGGGGUGAUCAAACUUUUCUUAGUUCUCAUGUUUGGCCACUUGCAAAAGCAAGUGUUAUUGUGCAUGAUAGUUUUCUUUGUAAACAUAGCUUUGGACAUAAAUCAGAAGCAUUUCCAACACAACGACGGUCAGCUAAUGAAACAAAUUGUUUUGUGGGUUGUGUACGACCAUGUUGUGGAAGUGGAAAAAUGCCAUUUGGUCAUUGUCCAAAAGAAUGUCGACCGAAAGAUCACCCUGAGUGGAUAUAUUGUUAG